AUGCGACCAGCGUUGGCGGUCCAGGAGUUCAUAGUCUCCUGUCUGACGGCUCUGCUGGUUCCUGUGCUUGGGCAUGGUCGGCUAUGGGAACCCCCCUCUAGGUCCAGCAUGUGGCGACUAGGCUACGAUUCUCCAAUCAAUUAUCAGGACAUGGAACUGUUCUGUGGGGGUGUCGGGGUCCAGUACGGUGUUAAUGGAGGUAAAUGCGGCGUCUGCGGAGAUCCAUGGAAUGGACCCCGCGAAAACGAGGCUGGUGGUGCUUUCGCCAAUGGAAUCAUCGUUCGCUCCUACGAAGUUGGACAAGUCAUCGACAUUGUCAUCGACCUCACCGCCAACCAUAAGGGUUUUUUUGAGUUUCAUAUAUGUCCUAGCGAUGACCCGUUCGGUAAAGUUACCGAAGACUGUUUGGCUAGAUAUCCAUUGGUUGAGGAAACAAAAGGAACGGUGAAAUACCCAGUUCCUGAUAUCGGAUACAGUGGGAAAAUUGCGAUGAAGUUCCGCUUGCCAGCUGGUAUCAGGUGUCGAGCCUGCAUGUUGCAGUGGAAGUACACAGCAGGCAACAGCUGGGGCGCCAACCCUGAUGGAACUGGUUGCAUUGGAUGUGGCAACCAGGAGCAAUUUUACGGCUGCGCUGACGUAGCAAUAGGGCACAAAGAUGUGGUCCUGGCAGUGGCACCCACUAAACCCCAAUGGUACUACCAGACCACAAUGGAAUGGGGGGUCAUUAGCACUGACACUUAUGACAACACAACAUGCGGGGCCCAGUCCUAUAUAUUUAAGGGCACAGUCUGUAGCCUUGUGUUGUUUAGUGUGAUCAAUGUUGUUGUUGUCGUCUUAAUUACGUUUACAGUAUCAUCCUAA